AUGAUGAAGCUCAAGGAAGCGUGCAAGGAGAUGGAUCUGCCCGACAUGGUCGCGACCGCGCGCUCGCGCCUCGGCUACGCGCAGCUGAGCCACAUCACGGCCGACACGUCGCCAGGCAGCGACUCGGGCAUGGACGUCGACGAGCUUAAGGGCUGGGAGGACAUGCUCACGGUCGGGUCGUCAAAGGGCCCGUCGCCGCAUCCGAUCGCGAUCUUUUGCUCGGUCUUUAGUCUCUUUGGCUUCUUCUUCCUCCUCUUUCUCGGCUCGACGGUCGCGUCCAACUCGAUCUACAUCAAGGUCAAGCCGCCGCAUGGCCAUGAAAAGGCGUCGCUCGCCGCCAACAUCUUUCUCGCGGCCGCGCUGUACCUCUUUGUCUUUAUCGGCAGCGUCGUUUCGCUCCUGCGGGCAAGGACGGCCAUGAAGGUCUACCAACUCUCGCUCGACAUCCACGCCGACAAGUAA